UUCUGUUCCUAACCCGGGAACGGUGUGCUUGCUGUAUUUCCUACAAAGAACUCUGGAAGAGCGGUUAUUUCCCUGCAUGUGUAUGCCCUACCACGUGGGACACUCCACCACAACCACAACGUAUUCUCUGGGUGGCCCACUUCUCCCAGAACCUCCCAUGCACUGUUCAGUGAAGUUGAUAGCCACUGAAAGACUGCAUGACUUCUCCAGAGCUGAAAUCAUAGCCGCCAAUGCAAUGCCGAGUUAAAUGGACAAACGUUAAACACCAGUCGGCUUUUUCUUUGGAGUACAUAUAUCCAUAAGUGAGAAGAAAUGAGCAACGUAGAGACUUCCACUACUAGACGUGCUAGCUCCAGCUCCAACUCCAGCUCCAGCAGCUCCGAAGAAGUGCAUAAAGAGUCUGGGAAGAGUGGUAAUGAACCUGCUAAAUGCGACGCCGUACCCGAAGCCCGACCAGCGAGCGUGACCGUCGAGGAUACGGGCAUAGACCAGCGUGUCCCCGUGCGCCACACAACUUUAUAUUUCAUGUGGACCUUGUGUGCUGCGGGCUUUGUGUCCCUGCUUAUUCCCCUGGGUCUUUUCCUUCUUCCUUACACACCUGGCCUAGCCAGAAGACGCUCCACUUUGGGUGUAGGAGGUGGAUUCAAGCACAAUGUAGAAGAACCAUCUCACUCUGUGUGCUCCACAAAGUUGACAAUUCGCUCCGUUGACAUGAAAAAGUCCACUCCUGGAAAUAUACCGUUCAACCAGACCAUUGUUCUUCGUCGUCGAGUGAUCUGCAUGCUGAGCAACAGGAAUUUCAGGCCCCAAGAAGCACACCUAGCUUCCCACUUACCUUUGCAUUUCUGCUCCUGCGUAGUCUUCGGCUACUUCAGCACUACAAGCGACGGUAAAAUAACCCCGCGCUACAAGCAAGACGUGGCCUACCUUACUACUCUCGUCGCAGCUGUCAAAAAGAGUCCUGUGAAUAUGCCCGUGCUCCUGUCACUCGGCGGAGAUGAAUCUUCCGGUGCAAAUAUAUCACUAGCGCUGCGCAGCGCUAGUAGACGAUCCAUCUUUGGCUCUGACUUUGCCACAUACUUGGUACGGCUCGGACUCAGUGGUGCCUACCUGGACUGGCGAACUCCAGGAGGCGAGUGCGGCGAUGCAAGUGACCGCGACGCCUUCGUAGACUUUAUCACCAGCGUCCGUUCAGCACUGUCCUGGAUCAUCCAGAAACCUGUCAUUAUUAUCCGCGUGCCAAACGACAACACCAAAGUACAGAACGGGUUCGACAUGAUUCGCCUCAACAGCAUUGUCGACUACAUGGUGAUAGCGACAACUUCUGAGGUUGACUCACGGUCCUUCGGCGACGUCAUCGGGUGCGUCAACGACCACAAGGUCGUAAUAGAAGCUCAUCUUUAUUUCGCCAGCACCUUGCCUGCAUCUGCUGCUAGAAAGUUUUGCUAUUCCUUGGAGCUGUCACCCCGCACCUACGUGUCUGACGAAACUCGUCUUGGCGGCCUGUCUUUGGGCGUUGGUGCCCAGCAGGGACUCUCACAGAGACCAGGAUACGUCGCCCAUUUCGAGCUCUGCGAUGGCACCUGGACAACACCGUCGAGACAAAAGCGUGGAGACUGCUCAGUCACCUAUAGGGCAAGCACCGUAACCAACCACUUCGACAUAGCCGUCUACGAAAGCGAAGCAAACCUAGGGACCCGUUUCUUGUCCCUCUCCAAGGAAGGUCUCGGCGAUGCCUGCGUGGCGGUCCACGACGUUGAAAUGGAUGACUUCCGCAAUAUCUGCGGACGCGGGCUUAGUCCUCACCUACAAACGGUCGCCACUAGGCCUCAGCGCACGCUUCUACCUCUUGUGCCUCCAGCGCCUUGAAUAUUUAUUUAUUUAUAAUUUUACAUCGAUAUUUUUUAUUAUUAUGAUUAUUAAAGUCAUUACUCAACCA